AUGGGACCCAAGUUAGAUGAACUGAAGGAAGCAUUAGCGUUCUGUCCGCUUUGGAGUUUUGAAAAGCGUAAGUGGUUGGGUCUGCUACUUCUUCAAGCCAUGGGAGUCUAUUGUUUGCAUCACAAUUCAAGGAUACUUUUUGAAAGUGCAAUAAGGGUAUUCGACGAUGAAGCCAUGGGGUUGUAUCCAUGGGGUCGGACUGCAUACGAAGUUCUCAUUGACUCUAUUAAAACGUUGGUUCCGGAAGGAGGGUCAUACACAAUAAGCGGCAUGACCGUCGCGUUAUUGAUUUGGGCGUAUGAAUCCGUCGCCUGCUUCGGUGAGAAUUUUGGGAGAGUGGUGAAUAAUGAAGACGUUAUGCUUUUGCGAUGGGGUGGAAAGCGUACACGUGCAAGUUUUGAUAACUUGUUGGCUGCCGAAAUCAAAGAGCAUGGCGAGGUGCGUGUGAGGAUAAUGGUUUUGAAAGACUCAACUGAAGAGAUGUUUCCUAAAUGGUCGGGUGAACCUGACGACCCACAACUCGUUAGCUUGAUAACAUACAUACAUGAAGGUAAAGUUGCUGCAACGGAAAAGGGUUCUAGCGAGGAGGAAGGUAGCAAAGAUUUGGAGAACAAAGCGACUCUGACGACCAUUGUGAGUACUCUGGAGAAUAUUUCCAGAAAAUUUGAUCAGAUUGACUCAUGGUUUGACGCUUACGAGUUAGAACGGAACAGACCAUUGACGGACCAGAAGACCAUUGAUGACAUGGUGAAAGCUUUAGUGGAGGAGCGUCUGAAAGUUCUAGGGAAAAUUCCUGAAAACUAUGAUAACCUCUCAAACGGCGGCGAAGAAGAAUCUUUAUCGUUGCCAUCACCGCAGCAGAAGUCUAUCAAUAGUCCAGCGUUAGUCGUCGAGACUCCUGGUAAGGAGUUUUAUAAGGAUACAUGGGUGAAAAGGACUUUGGCUGAGGAGUUUGAUAAGGAUACAUGGGUGAAAAGGAAUUUGGCUGAGGAGUUUGGUAGUGUCGCUAAAGCUACUGAUCUUAAUUUCGUAUAUGUUUCUCCUUCAAAGGCUACUAAGGAUGAUAAGGAUGCUAAGGUUCCAGCCUAUGGACGCGGCUGCAGGGGCAGGCGUACUGUAAAGGAUGAGGAUGUUGCUGAUAAGAAAAAAGCAGUGCAGGCAGAGGCUGCGUUGAAGAGGAAGGAGAAGGAUGACGCUAAGACAAAAGAGGCUGAUGAAUGUGCUGUGACGAACGACGAAGUUCUUGCGGAAGAGAACAAAUUUUCGCCAGAGUCUGAUGUCGAGAACCAGAAAGUUGUUAGAUCUGCCGUAGUAAAGGAAUAUCGGGAGAAACGUGUUCAAUUAUCUCCAAAAGGGUUUUCAUUGAUGGCAGUUUCUUCACCACCAGUUUUUUCGUACAUUGGAGAUGAUGGAACGACGUGCAUGAGGAAGAAUGUUAAGCCUUCAUCAGUUCUUCCUCAGCAAUAUAUGACUCUCUAG